AUGCCGGCAUUCCCAUUCGCCGAUCUUCCCACCGAGAUGCGGAAGAAGGUUGUGCUCCACGCACUUCCUUGCCUUACUGUGCCUCACCGAUACUUGCACUCAAACAUUGCAUGGGUGCACAGUUACGGCCAAGAGCAGGCCAUCAAGGCCCUGCUCGAGACGAACGCUGACAUCGCUUCGCUCGCCAAUCAAGUGCGCUGCCUGAAGGCUGUGGGCUGCGAUGGGACCGCCGUCAUGUCUAGCAUCGGCGGAGUGCCGUUCCGAAUCGACCCUUUGCAUGACAUUUUUCAGGUUGUUGACAUGCGACUGCCUGCACUUCGGCCUUCCGUCUCCUGGGACCCGCUUAGUAUCCAAGGUCUUCAUCGUCAUGCCUUGCCCGUCGAAAACAUUCUCAGUGUGUCUCGCACCGUCUCGCUUCGCCGAGGCCAAGCUCCUCCGGACGCUGGCCACCAGAGCGAUGGUUCUGGCUAUGGGUCAAACCAGGCCGGGCCAUCUGACGCUCCCCCUUCGACAUACUUCGAAAUGGGAAUGGAAAAGAACCUCCCCAUCUUCUCCCGCCUGCCCAAGAUCAAGAAUCUCUCUCUGAUCAUCGAGAACGCUGGCCGAGAAUGGAAUAUUGAAGGGUUCCAAAUGUUUGGUCCUGACGUAGUCGGCCCCCGGUUCCACGGCAACGACUGGGGCAUGACACGCGCGGGUGACCACUCUUGGGAGGCCCAAGAGCACUUCAUAAGCCAUGAAAUUCGCGCGGAUGCGAGAAUCCCUUGGACAUUUGUCACUGGUUGGGACUACCUCAGCAACCCAGAGGAUGUUUCUCAUUACUCACCCGGAGACGCGCGGUUCUCCCCACCAUAUAUCGGCUUUUACGGUUACAGUCGCGGCAACGUCUCCCUUGGGGGACAGUGGGCCGGUUUCCGGCUUUGGGUGACGGAACAAAAGGUUGAAUUCAGCCCCCUCUCUUGGUGGGAGGUUGAGCCUCUCGUUAGAGAAUACUACUCCAUCGAGGAACGUGGAUAUCGCACAUGUCACCCCGGCUUCGUUGCACGCGUGUGGGUGAUCCGGUCCGAGAAGGAUCUCGAGGAAACCAAGCGACCUCACCAUCACUGGAUGGAGGUGCGUGAGGCGGAGAUUGGAGAUCCCGUGUCUGUUGAGCAGAUUUGCACCACGUGGAAGAUGGUACGUGACAUGCUGUCCCGUGUUCGUGGCACUACCAGCAUCGAGGAAGAAAACGACAUGAACCUCGCUGAGGGGAGCUACUCUCUUCAGAUGGAACCCGUCAACUAG